GUAUGAGCUGGUGGAGGACACCGCGACGAAUGACAUCGUGUCUUGGAGUGCGCUGGGUGGCAGCUUCGUCGUGUGGAAACCAGCAGAAUUUGCGAGGGACCUCCUGCCCCUCCAUUUCAAGCACAACAAUUUCUCAAGCUUUGUGAGGCAGCUGAAUACAUAUGUGAGUGUCAUGGCAGGACGUUUGCGUUGA